GCCUCAGAGCGACAACACAGCGGAGGAGAGGAGAGAGAAGAGAUAACAAGAAGCAUAUCUGACGACGUAUUUGGAGCAUGAACAGACUCAUAUCAGCAGCUUUCCUUUUGGCACUGGGGUUUCUUGUCUGCGAAGGUGGUAACCCAUGUUGCUCAGAACCGUGCCAGAACAGGGGCGUUUGCACAGCUCUUGGAUCAGACAACUACGAAUGUGAUUGCACACGCACAGGCUUUUAUGGACAAAACUGUACAACACCUGAAUUCCUCAACUGGCUUAAAAUCUCCCUGAAGCCAACGCCAAACACCAUCCACUACCUUCUCACCCACUUUAAAGGUUUCUGGAACAUCAUCAACAACAUCUCAUUUCUCCGGGAUGCCAUCAUGAGAUAUGUGCUGACAUCCCGAUCCCACCUGAUUGAUAGUCCUCCGACUUUCAAUGCGGAUUAUGGUUACAAAAGCUGGGAGGCCUAUUCCAACCUUUCCUACUACACACGCACCCUCCCCCCUGUACCUGAGGAUUGCCCAACCCCUAUGGGAGCAGUAGGUAAAAAGGAGCUUCCUGAUGCUAAGCUUCUCGCUGAGAAACUUCUUAUGAGGAGACAGUUUAUCCCAGACCCACAGGGAACCAGCCUGAUGUUUGCAUUCUUCGCACAGCAUUUCACACAUCAGUUCUUCAAAUCUGAUAUGAAGAAAGGACCUGCUUUUACUGUUGCUAAAGGUCAUGGGGUGGACCUCAGUCACAUUUACGGAGACAACCUGGAGAGGCAGCACAAACUGAGGCUCUUCAAGGAUGGCAAACUUAAAUUCCAGAUCCUGGAUGGGGAAGUGUACCCCCCGACAGUAAAGGAAGUGGGCGCGGAAAUGCACUACCCUCCCCAUGUCCCUGACUCUCACCGCUUCGCUGUGGGCCACGAGGCGUUCGGCCUGGUCCCCGGUCUGAUGAUGUACGCCACCAUCUGGCUGCGGGAACACAACAGAGUGUGCGAUGUGUUGAAGGAGGUGCACCCCGACUGGGACGAUGAGAGGCUGUUUCAGACGUCACGGCUCAUCCUGAUUGGAGAGACCAUUAAGAUCGUAAUUGAGGACUAUGUGCAGCACCUGAGCGGUUAUCACUUCAAGCUCAAGUUCGACCCCGAGCUCCUGUUCAGUCAGCGUUUCCAGUACCAGAACCGCAUUGCAUCCGAGUUCAACACCCUGUACCACUGGCACCCACUGAUGCCUGACUCCUUCCACAUCGAGGAACAAGAAUACAGCUAUAAACAGUUCGUCUUCAACACGUCUGUUGUGACCAAGCAUGGCAUCAACAACCUUGUGGAGUCGUUCACCAAGCAGGUCGCAGGACGGGUUGCAGGUGGCCGAAAUGUCCCAGGACCUAUCAUGUAUGUUGCCAUUAAGUCUAUUGAAAACAGCAGACAGAUGCGCUACCAGUCUCUGAACGCCUACAGGAAGCGAUUCUCCAUGAAGCCAUACACUUCUUUUGAAGACAUGACAGGAGAGAAAGAAAUGUCUGCCAUACUUGAGGAGAUGUACGGACACAUCGAUGCUGUGGAGCUCUACCCAGGUCUGCUGGUGGAAAAACCCAGGCCUAAUGCCAUCUUUGGAGAAACCAUGGUUGAGAUGGGCGCCCCUUUCUCCCUCAAGGGCUUAUUGGGAAACCCCAUCUGCUCCCCAGAGUACUGGAAGCCCAGCACAUUCGGAGGCACUGUGGGCUUUGAUAUCGUCAACACUGCCUCGCUACAGAAGUUAGUCUGCAAUAAUGUAAGGGGCCCUUGUCCUGUGGCAUCCUUUCAUGUGCCUGACGACAACUAACCAGAAAAAAUGUCUGACAAAGUGAUUGAACUGGAGGAGAAUGCGACCCACACAGGUCCUAAAGGUGUCAUAAAUGACUGGAGGAGGUUUAAGUUGGAAAGUAUGGACCCAGAAAACUUGCCACCAGCAAAAAGAGAACUUCUGAGACAGAUGUCAUCCCCAGGCAGGCCAAAAGAUGACUCCAGAGCAAACCUAAACCGCAAGAUGAGCGUCCAAGAGUAUGAAAUGCUGAAGGAGGACGAUGCAGGAUGCUUGAAGAAAUACAGGAAGCGUUGCAUGCAGGAAAUGCAUGAUAAACUCAGCUUCGGGCCCAAGUUUGAAGGUGUUCAUGACCUGGACAGUGGAGAGGCCUUCCUCGAAGUGAUAGAGAAGGAGCAUUACAGUACAGUAGUGGUUGUCCACAUCUACAAAGAUGGGGUUAAAGGCUGUGAGGAGCUCAACAACUGCCUUGACUGCUUGGCUACGGAGUACCCAACAGUAAAGUUCUGCAGGAUUGAUGCUGUUGCAUCAGGGGCUGCAGAGCGCUUUUCGGACGAGGUUUUGCCUACACUGUUGGUUUACAAGGCCGGAGAACUUCUAGGGAACUUCCUGGCCUGUACGCAGCACCUAAACGAGGAGUUCUUUGCCACGGAUGUGGAGGCGUUCCUCAACAGCUACGGCCUGCUGCCGGAGAAAGAGCUGCCUGGUAUGGAGGAUGAGGAAGAAAAUGAUGUAGAGUAA